AUGUCCCUCCUCAAAACGCUCACAAAUUCCCUGCGCCCAACGCUCACCCGCCCCUCCACAACGCCGAACAAAGCCUACGCCCAUCUAUCAAACUGCAACCUCUGCCCACGCAAAUGCUCCGUGAACCGUUUCGAAACAACAGGCCACUGCCUGAUCGGCGCCGAAACCGCAAAAGUCAACGUGAUCGCGCCCCACCGCGGCGAAGAGCCCUGUAUCACAGGCUUCCACGGCAGCGGGAGCGUCUUCUUCAGCGGAUGCAACCUGCGCUGCGUCUUCUGCCAGAACCAUGAUAUCGCGCACCAAAGGAACGGGUUUGAUUUGACGCCGGCGGAGUUGGCGGGGUGGUACCUCAAACUCCAGGAUGAGGGGCGCGUGCAUAAUAUCAACCUCGUUACGCCGGAGCAUGUGGUGCCGCAGGUUGUGCUUUCCAUUCUGGACGCGAGGGAGAUGGGACUGCGGAUUCCUAUCGUGUAUAACACGUCUGCGUUCGAUAGUCUCGACUCCCUGGAACUUCUGGACGGGCUGGUCGAUAUCUAUUUACCCGAUUUCAAGGUCUGGAAAGCCGCGACUUCGAAACGGUUACUCAAGGCCGAUGAUUACGUGCAGACUGCGAAGGAGAGUAUUCAGGUUAUGCAUGCGCAGGUUGGGGAUCUGAGUUUUACGUCUGAUGGGAUUGCGAAGAGGGGCGUUUUGCUUAGGCAUCUUGUUAUGCCCGGGAAGGAGGACGAGGGACGCGAGAUUGUGCGCUGGCUUGCGGGGAAUGUUUCGCGGGAUCUGUAUGUUCAUGUUAUGGAGCAGUAUCGGCCUGAUGCGCAUGUUGGGAAGAGGAGGAGGGGUACGAAGGGGAGGAGGGAGGGGGAGGGGGUGGAGGAGGUAAGGUAUGCGGAGAUCAAUCGGGCUGUUAGGGAUGAGGAGCUUGGGAGUGUGAGGGAUGCUGCGGUGGAGGCGGGGCUUUGGAGGUUCUGUGAGGUUAAUGAGAAGAGCUUGUUCCAUCUUUAG